AUGAUGACAGCUAGGGUAGAUUCGACCGAAAUGGCUUCGGUGCCAGGAACCGUGCAUCUGGUCGACUUGGACCACAGUAUGCAAGCUCGUCAUGCCGGCAACGGAGACAUCAUUCUUGAUCCAGCGCCCUCGAAUGAUCCCGAUGAUCCACUCAACUGGACUCCACGCCGCAAGCUCACAUCAUCAAUAUGUACCAAUCUGUAUACAUGGAUGGUGGGCAUCGCUGUGUCAACAGUAUACUCGGUUCUUGUUCCAUUAUCUGAAGCAUCCGGUGUAUCUGUGUCGACGCUGAAUGAGGGAACUGGGUACAUGUUCCUCUUUCUUGGGUGGGGACUGCUCUUCUGGCAACCUUUCGCUCUUCGGUACGGGAAGCGUCUUACGUUUCUGAUAUCAGUCAUUGGUGCAAUAGGAUGCAGUAUUUGGAGCGCGUACGUCAAAAGCAAUGGCGAAUGGAUAGCCAGAUGUAUCGUCAUGGGCUUCUUUGUCGCUCCGGUCGAAGCUCUGCCCGAGAUCUCAGUAACCGACGUAUACUUUACUCACCAGCGCGGUAAAUACAUGGGCUUCUACGCUUUCUCGCUAGCCGGAAGUAACUACUUCGCUCCCAUCAUCUCAGGAUUUAUUGCGGAAGGCCAAGGCUGGCAAUGGGUCUUCUAUUGGCCAGCAAUCUUCCUUGCCGUGACGUUGAUCUUCUUGUUUUUCUUCAUGGAAGAGACUAACUACACACGCAAGAUCGAGGGGAUAGCUAUCACUAGCUACUCUUCACAGACAGACCCAUCCAAGGUAGUGGACCAAGAGAAAACUGACGCAACGACUUCGCCGUCCAACGUGAGCGAUGAUAUGCGAGUGUCAACCAAGACUUUUGUCCAAAAGCUAUCUCUAUGGCAGACAUCUCCAGGAGCGAACGUCUUCGAGCGCGCAAAGCGUAGUCUAAUGUACCUUAGCUGGCCCGUUAUCUUCUACGCAGGGUUCAGCUAUGGUUCCUACCUCAUUUGGUUCAACGUCUUAAACGCCACUGCUUCCAUCAUUCUUGGCGGACCAGGAUACAACUUCAAGCCCUCUAUGGUCGGUCUUAGUUACGUAUCUUGUUGCAUUGGAGUCAUCGUUGGGGCGCUCUUUUCAGGACGCUUCAGCGACUGGCUGACGAUCAAACUUGCGCGUCGAAAUAAUGGUGUCAUGGAAGCUGAGCAUCGUUUAUGGCCUUUCGCAGUGUGCCUGGUAAUGGUUCCGGCAUUCUUGAUACUCUGGGGUGUUGGUGCUGCGCAUGGCGUACACUGGUUCGGGCUCGUCUUUGCUAUGGGAUGUGUAGCGUUCACAUCGUCUGUUGGUGUCACACUUAGUGUGAACUACAUGAUCGAUAGCUACCACGACAUCAGUGGCGAUGCAAUCGUGACGGUUAUCUUGAUUCGCAACACUAUGUCAUUCGCCAUAAGUUACGGUAUCACUCCGUGGUUAACGGACUUGGGUUAUCAAAACUGCUUCAUCUCUGCAGCCUUUGUUGGUAUGGCUGCGUCGGCAGUCUUCCUUAUCAUGAUCAAGUACGGCAAGCGUUUGCGUGUUAGAAGCAGUAGUAAGUACUACAGUAUCGUGGCCGCAGAUAAGGCGAUGAGUUAG